AUGAAUGGUGAUAUCGAUGAAACAAAUAAUAGUAGUAUUUGUUCAUCAUCAAAUAAUGCUAUUACAACAUCCUCAAGUGCUCUUCGAAAACAACAACAAAUCAAUCGACGUCGAGCGUUUUUUCAUGAUGAUGUUCUUAUAUCAAAUAACAAAACAAAUACAAUCAUUGAGAAUAAAAUCGAACAAAAUAUAUUACCAAUUACAAAUACGAAUGAAGAAAAUUCAACAAUUAAAACAUUUAAAAGAAAAGUUGUAUCAUUUAGUACUAUGCCAUCGGAGAAAAAAGUUGCUGAUGUUAAUGAUUGUCUUCGUUAUAUGCAAGAAGGAAGUGAUCUUCUUAAAGUUCGUUCAUAUGCUCGACAAUUUCGUCGUUUAUAUAAAUUAAAUGAAAAUCUAACUGCAAUAAGUUGGCAUCCAACAGUAAAAAAACCAUCAAAAGCAACUAUUACAAUAGAUUCAAUUAAAGAAGUGCGUAUAGGAAAAACAACUGAACGUCUACGUGAAUAUACACAACAAUAUCAAAAUGAAUCACUUUUUUCUAUUAUUUAUAUUAAUGAAAAUAAUGAUUAUGCAUCAGUAGAUCUUGUUGCAAGUAGUGCUGAUGAAGCAGAUAUAUGGGUUACAGGUUUAUCAUGUCUUAUUGCUGGACAUGGAAGUCCAUUAACAUCAGCAGAUCUCGAAGAUCGCCAGCAGAUGCGUAAUCGUUGGUUACGCGAUGUAUUUGCUGUUGGUUUAACAUCUUCAGCAAGCGGUGAACAAAUGAGUCAUAAUGAAUUUCCAAUACUAAGUGCAAAAGAUUCUAUUGAUGAAGAUGAAGCUGUACGAUUACUUAGCGAUUAUGGAAUAUCUGAAGAUAAUGCUAAAAUUCGAUUACAAGAAAUUCAAACACGAAAAUCUGAAGAUGUACGUGGAUUUUUUUCUACGGACGAACUUAUUAAUGUUUUUAAAAAACUUUCAACUCGGCCUGAAAUUUAUCAUCUUUUAGUCAGAUAUUCUCAAAAUCAAGAUUUUCUUUCAAUACAAGAUCUUACGUUAUUUCUUGAAGCUGAACAAGGAAUGUCAAAAAUUACAAGUGAAAAAUGUAAAAAAAUGAUUGAAGAAUUUGAACCAUCGACUGAAGCAAAACUUUUAGGACAUUUAGGUAUCGAUGGUUUUACAAAUUAUCUUCUAUCAUCCGAAUGUGAUAUAUUCAAUCCAAACAAUCGAUCAAUAUGUCAAGAUAUGGAUCAUCCGCUUAAUGAUUAUUUUAUAGCAUCAUCAUAUCAUACAUUUCUUUUGGCUGAUCAAUUGAAAGGUCCAUCAAGUGUUGAUGGAUUUAUUCAUGCUUUAAUGCGUGGUUGUCGUUGUUUGGAUCUUCAUUGUUUCGAUGGUCCAGAUGGUCAACCAUUAGUACAUAAUGGAACAUUAACAACUCGUAUUCCUUUACACGAAGUACUUGAAGUUAUUAAUACCUAUGCAUUUGAUAAGACAAAUUAUCCGUUAAUCUUAUGUAUGGAAUUACAAUGUUGUAUUAGUCAACAAGAACGUGUAGCUCAAUUAUUUAUUGAAACAUUUGGUGAAAAAUUAUUUCUUCAUAAUGUUAUGAUAUCAACUGAUAAGAAUAUGACUUCCAAGAAUGGCCAAACUCUUCCAUCACCAAAUGAUUUACGUGGAAAAAUUAUUAUUAAAAGUAAAAAAAUAUCUUCAAUUAUUUCGACUGAAUAUGGGGAAAUAACUGAUGAUGAAGAUUGUUAUGAAGAUUAUAAACGACGAUCAAAAAAAGAAUCAAUUAGUAAUAAUAAAAAAUAUCGAAAAUUAUCUCGUGCUUUUUCUGAUCUUGUUUGUUUACUUCGUUCGACACCAUUUGAAGAUUUUAGUAAUGCAUUUAAUGAACAACAAUCGGAUCAAGUAUGUACAUUUAGUGAAAAUGCAGGACUUCGUCUAGUAACAAGUGAUCCAGAUGAAUUUGUUAAUUAUAAUAAACAUUUUAUAUCACGUAUUACUCCUGGAUCAUGGCGUGUUGAUUCAUCAAAUCUUAAUCCACAAGAUUUUUGGAAUGUUGGUUGUCAAAUGGUGGCAAUGAAUUAUCAAACUGCUGGAAAAUUUAUGGAUGUUUAUUUUGGUCGUUUUCUAAGAAAUGGUGGUUGUGGUUAUGUAUUAAAACCACCUUAUUUACGACAUAAUAAUACAAUAACAACUAAUAGUAUAGCUUCAUCAUCAUUAUCGACUAAUAAAUUUACUCCUAAUUCUUAUUCAUCAAAUACACCACGAAUACUUCAUAUCAAAAUAAUCAGUGCAAUUCAUCUUCCACGACCAGAACAAGCUGAAUUAAAAGCGAAUUCAGUUGAUCCAUAUAUUGUUGUACAAGUAUUUGGUGCGCCAAGAGAUUGUGAUGAAACAAGAACUAAAACUAUUUAUCAUAAUUGUGAAAAUCCACAAUUUAAUGAAGCAUUUGAAUUUGAAAUAACUUUUCCAGAAUUAGCACUUAUACGAUUUGUUGUACUUGAUGAUGAUUCACUUGAUUAUGACUUUAUCGGACAAUAUACAUUACCAUUUGAAUGUAUUCAACCAGGCUAUCGACAUGUUCACUUGUAUACUAUCGGUGGUGAUCUCAUUGCAAAUGCUUAUCUAUUUGUUCAUAUUGUUAUUAAUAGUAAAUCAUUAGCUGUUAAACCUCGUCGAACAUUAUCUCGAUAUCGUCGUUCUAUAAUACGUCGUAAAUUACGUGUUGCAUCAUUUCGGCCAGUUUCCUAUAAACAAGUUGAUGAUCUUUUUAAAUCUGUUGUUGAACCAUUGGAAACCGCAUUUGAAUAUCGUCAUGCAGUUGAACAUAGUCUUUGUGAAUUAAAUGAAAGAUGUGGAUUACCUGAUAUAUCAAAUGUUAAACAAUGUGUUAGAAAAAUUGCUAGUCGAUUACAAAACGCAAAUCUUGUCGGUGCUGUUAUUAUUCGAAAUAAAUCUCUCCUGCCAAUGUUUGAAUAUUCUCCUACAUUACCUGAAUUAUCUCUUCAAAGUGUUGUAGCUUUAGAAGAAGUAGUUAAUCGAUGUAGAACUUUAAUAGAUAAUGGUUGUAUAAUACAUAAGAAAUUAUAUAGCGUACAAACCGAAUUAUGCGAAUUAAGUAAAGACAUUCCGAAAUUACUUGAAACCAAUGGUGUACGUGGCAAAAAAUUUACUAAAGCAAUUGAUAAUUUUUCACACAAUCUUGCUUUAUUACAUGGUCAAACAGAUUUAUUAAAUAAAGCUAAAGAAGAUGCAAAUGUUACUAUACGACAGAUUCUUGAAGCUGCUGAAACAACACAUAUGCUUAUACAAUCUAAUGAAUAA